AUGCUUCCCAUGGAGAGAGAAAAUACUUGCAGAGCAGACUCUACCGCACACACCAGAGAAUAUUCGCUAAACACAGAAAAGAAUGAAAUUUCAGGUUCCAGCGGCUCUGCGACAAGCAGCAGUGCCAACACUCAGACAAACUCUAGCUACGAAGAGCAGCACAGCCCAAUGAAAAACUGCAUGCGCACAACGCGUCUUAAUUCGUACAAGUCCAUCAUUGAAGACACAGAUGACGAUGGAUACAGAGGAUUUGGAGCAUACGCCGAUCCCAUCGAGCUGCUCCAGCGCCCAACAGUUGACUACAGCGACGGAAACCCGCAGGAAAAACACGAUCGGUCUCGGAUGAUCGGUUUGACUUUUAAAAAGGCUCUGAGCUCAGUUCAUGUGUGUGACUCGAUGCAGAAUGGAUCUAGCUGCAGCCAGGGCACAGUAUAUCCAGACACCAGUCCUCUUUAUUUUGUCUAUGAUGGUAAAAACCAGGCAGAAGAGCACGAUGAAAAAAGAAAAAGCUGCAUAGAUGGAAAAAACAGAAUCGCAUCCAAAAAGAUGCAGAAAGCGCUAAAAUCUUUCCUUGUAGAUGAUCUUGUAUAUAUCCUAGCGACUGUCUCCACUGCCUUUGUAUUCUUCAUCCUAUUUACUGUUUGCUGUCACAAAUCACAAGUAUCUGUAAACGAGUAG